GUCGCCAUUUUGAUGUGAGAAAGUUACCGUGUAAUGAAAACAGCAGCGGAAAAGAUUUAUUAAAUAAUUUGUAAUAAAAAUAUUGUCUUCAUUAUUGCAAUUAAAUACAAUAUAGUAUAUAUAUAUUUUGGUAUACCGAAAAAAGAAAAGUAGUGAAAAUUUGGUUGAUAAAAUAUUUAUACUCAAGUGACAAAAACAAGAACGUGAAAAUUUCGCGUAAGAAUUAAAAGUAAACUAAAGUGAGAUAAAUUACUGAAAUAAUACGGAAGCUAUCUGAACAAAAAAAACCAACUUAAGCAAUAAAGCAGUUAACACAGAAAACUCUUACAGUUCAAAAAAUUAUGACAAAACUAUUUGUUGCCUUAAUUAAUUAUUAAAACAAUAAUACGUAAUAAUUAAAAAAUAAAAUAUUGCGGCUUGCAGAAACGCAUAUAAACCAUCACUUAAAAAUCGUAUGCAAAUUAUAGACAAAGAAAAAUUCAUACAAUAAUUUGCUUGUUUGUGUAUGUGUAUUGAAAGCAAUUAUAAGGUGUUGAAAGUAAAAAGUGAAAAAAUUACAACAGUUUGGCCACAACACCAUGAACAACAAUAAGCGUAAAAAUCGGCCAAGCGUCGUUACCAGAUAUCAGACAGAUAAUAGACAACCUAAACCGAAUCCAUCUCCUCAGGGCGUAUAUAGUAACGCAUUUUUCAUGCAUGCUGCUACAGCGCUUGUAGGAAAUGUUGUACAGCUUCGACUACGUUCCGGAAACAUAUACGAGGGAGUUUUUCGUACAUUUUCUUCUAGUUUCGAUGUAGCGUUAGAGUUGCCUACUUGCAUCAAAUCUUUAAAAAACGGGCCUGAUGAAGGAAAAAAUGUUCCAAACUUUAUGAUAUUUCCGUAUGACACAGUAGUUAGCAUCACUGCUAAAGAUUUUGAUUCGAAUUAUGCAACUGUGGGUGCAUUUCAAACAGAUGCUGCCAUUUCAGAGAAGUGUAAUGGUACUCGUUUUGAAGAGAAAGAACUAGAACCAUGGGAUGGUUCUGGUGCUAACGGUGAUAUUGACAUUGAGCUAGACGAUGCGGCCAAUGGUUGGGACCCUAAUGAAAUGUUUCGCAAGAAUGAAAAUCAAUUUGGUGUGCAAUCGACUUUUGACGAUUCGUUGACUUCGUAUACAGUGCAAUUGGAUAAAAAAGAUUCAGAAGAAUAUAAAGAGGCAGAAGCAAGAGCAGAGAAACUUGCAGCUGAGAUUGAAAGUAAUCCAUCUUGUCGAGAGCGGUUGGAUUUAGAAAAUGGUGAUGAAGAAGCACUAUUUGCGGCUGUAGAGCGUCCUAUUUUAGAAUCAGAGCGUGAUCGUGAACGUGAAAGAGAACGUGAUGCAGAAAGAGAUCGGACAGCAAGAGUAGAUCGUGCUAGAGAACUGCAAAAGGAACGAGACCGUGAACUGGAAAGAGAUAAACGUUAUUUUGAACAAACGCCGACUGAACGAUACAUUAGUAAACAGACUCGUAAUAAUACGGGUCCGCCACCACCAGUUGUAAUGACAAGUAAUGCAUCCUUAGCGUCAUCCUCACGAGGACACGAACGUGAUUUGAUAUCUGAUAGAACAGAGCGCUCAACAAACUCGAUUUCUGCUGGCAAUGUGCCUCAUUCCGCUCAGUCAUCAAUUAACAUGAAUGUAAAAAGUAGUUUACCUCAGUCACCAAUCGGUGUAAUACAAGAAAAUUCAAAUAAAUAUGGAGGUAGUGGAAGUUCUUUAAUAAAGCGUAAACCAGUUUCUCAAAAUAAUAAAGUUGUUCGUAACACUCCUCCGCCAAAUAAUUCGAUUGGGGGAAACAAUAGUAAUGGUAACAAUAAUUUAUCACAGAAUAAUAACGGAAGCUGUAGUAAAGGCAGUAAUUAUCAAUCUUUGUCUAUGCAAAAUCAGUCUUAUCAAAAUUAUCCACCAAUACUUCACGGUCAAUCACAAUAUAGAAAUCAAAAUCAUAUGGGCAUGCCUCCAAAAAUUAAUGGUGAGAGUAAUAUUAGCACUGGAAAACCACUGCCUCAACGUAGCAUACGUCAAUACCAAAAUACACAGUCUAAUACUUCAAACAAUUAUGGAGAAUCACAAAAUCAAAUCCAAGCAAAUAAGCAGCUGCACUCCACACAUGUUACAUAUCAUGUGUCGCAAACGAGUGGUAACAUAAAUAAUAGUGUUUCGCCUCCACUUCAAACAAGCGGCAGUAGUGUAUCUCAUGCCCAUAAUCAAAAUAAUGUUGUGCCCUGUCCACCAAACCAAGGACUUCAAACACAACGGCAAAUACGCAAUCGAGAAACUCAAUUGCAAGAUCUUCGACAAUUUGGACAAGAUUUUCAACUAGCUGGUAAUAAUUCUUCACCACCACAACAGACUCAACAACCGCUUCAACAGCAGCAUUUGUCGAUAAACAAAAGUGUGGCUGGUCAUCAGCCACAACCAUCCGCUUCUCCUCCACAACAAUCUCCUCAUGUGUCUCAUAUACAACAUGUACCACAACAUCAUUCAACACAACAUCAUGUAACAGUUGCACAACAUGUCCAUGCAGCUCCGCAAACACAUUACAUAUCAUCACCAAUUGUGCAACAACAGCAACAACAUGAGGCACCAACUCAUGUUCAGCAACAACAACAGCAAAAACACAACGAUAACGUUAUUCAUUCGUCUAAAGGUCCACAACAUAUUUCUAAUAGUGUCUCUCAACAACAAUCGACACAGCAACAAGGUCAGAUAGUGCAAGAAUUACCACAACAACCUCAAGGAUUGUAUCAUAGUGUGCCGCCUUCAACACAACAAAAACAGCAAAUAUCACCUGUAGUGAUGACUUCUAUAGAAAAUUCACAGCAUACAACUAAUGCAAUGCAACCACAACAAACACAGCAACAGCAAGGGCAACAACAACAACAACAACAAACGCAACAGAUAAGCAAAGCUGAUCCAUUAGUUUCUUCAAACAUUACUCAAACAACUAGUACUAAUACAGGAAAUACAUCAUUACCUGUAUCUGAGAAGUCACCACCACCCACAAAUAUUUCAGUUAGUACAACUGUUGUUAAGAAACAUGUGUUAAAUCCUUCUGCAAAACCAUUUACACCACGAAGUCCGAGUACUCCAAAUCCAUCACGCCCACAUACACCGCAAACGCCUAUUCCUAUGACUGGUAUAUAUACAACUGGUGCACACGUAGCUGCUACGAAUCCUAUUUACGUAAUGCCUCAACAGCCAACAACAUUCCCACCGCACCCGCAACAGCCACGAAUGCGUCGUAGCAAUUUUGCACCAAUGGCAUCUUCACAUAUGCACGUUUCAGCAACCGCUGCUACAGGGCAACCAUUAUUGGCUACAACACAAAUACCACAGUUCAUUCAUUAUCAACAAACUCCACAUGCGCCACCUUUCCAAUCUCAAACGUUCGGACCUAUGGUGCGUAUGUUUCCUGAACAACCGCCACAGCCACUACAGUUCAUUACGCAAACGCCUCCAUCGACUACUCCAUCACCGGGGCAACCGCAUCAAUCGUUCCAUCCGCCACCUCAACCAUCCCCUGCUGGCGGGGGACCGCAACCAGCAUAUGCACAGACACAGCCAGCAUACCAGAUUGUGUGUCCUGUUAUACAUCCUCAAACUCAACUCGUUCAGAGUCCAUAUUAUCAAACGCCACAACAUCCGCCACAAAGUCAACAGUUUCAAAUACUAAUGCAACAACAUCCUGCGCAAUAAGCUACAAACAAUUUAGCGCUGAUUAACAAGAGCAAUAAUGAAUUACAACAUAGUACCUAAAUUAUUUCAUCAUAAACAAAUCAUUUAAUAUUAUACUUUCAAAUCGCAAGGUAAAAUUAAACAAACAUUUCAAUUCACGUUAAGAUUUAAAAGAGACAAUAUCGAUGAACAUUUCAAUUAUUGAAAAAAGAAAAACUUUCCAUUUACUUAAAUUAUGUAUUCAAUAUAUUAUAACCAAUUUGUUUUGAAGUGUACAUAAGUUUGCAAAAGCGA